AUAACACAUACCCAUACAAGUCACCAGCCCACGGUAGCAGUGUCAGCUCCAUCUGCAGCAGCAAUGACUCAGAAGCAGCAGCAAAUAACGCAACACCCGCCGGAAACGCUGAGUGCGUCGAACAUGCCUCCUGCGCAGAAUAUACAGCAACAACAACAACCAGUUCAGCCGUCUGUCCAACGAUCGAUGACGAUGCCAGCGCGGCCGCAGCCGCAACAGCAAAGACGGGGUGUGCAAUAUGCGCUCAGUGAACGUUCGGCUGCAAGAUCUGGUAUUGGAACAGGCCCUUCGGGAGUGUCUGGUGCUAGUCAGGGAGUCGAAAGGAGUCUCAGCAGAAAAGAGCAAGUUAAACGCUAUUUAAGACGGGAGACAGCUUCGUUCUUUGGCGUGGACGAAGCAACGGAAGAGCAGCAACAGGCGCGUUGGCUUGAUCGCCGCAAGCGUCUUGCAUCUCGUCGCUAUGGCCGACUGAAAGACGAAUUCUCGGAUACGGGUCUUGGUGAUCGCGGUUUGAAUGAUGCUGCAUGCGACACGGAUGGAGGAGCAGGGACUGAUGCAGGAGUUCGCGGACGACCUGAUGUGCUGCCAGCACCUGGUGAUGAACCGGAUGGAGAUCGAGUAGCAAUGAGAAACAAUGCAGUUAGACGAAAAGAUUCGGUGGCCAGGCUUACGUUUAAUGGGCUUAGCUACGUUGUGAAUACUCUUACGCGACAUCGCCCUAGACCUCGAUCGCAAGUCCGUCAGUGGUCAAGGAGUUUUCAGCCGGAGGAGGUUUCGCUUGCCUCUAGUGCUGAUGGUGGCGGUGCCAUGUCAGCCGGAGGCGGUGCUUCUAUGUACGAUGAACUAUUCUUUGAACAUCAUGGUGUUAAAGAUGCAACUGAUAGUGGAACCAGACAAGCGAGACAUGUGUCAUACAGCGGAGAUGUGGUACCAGCUGGAGUCGAGGAUAGUAUAGAGCACGCAAGUCAUAGGCAACGUGGCGGCGGUGCUACGCCAAGUCCGGCGCCUUCAUCCCCGCGACAACCACCCACAGAACGGGACAGAGACAGGGCUCAGCAAAGAUUAGCUGAUAGCUGGCGCAGAGGAGCAGGGGCAUAUCGUACUUCAGCAACUGAUUAUGGUCUUGCAGGAGGACCGGUUGCUGCAGGAGGCGCGAGCAGGAUUAGUUCGGCCAGUCUGACUGGCGUGAGGGACAAUUCUGAUAGAAGACGGUAUGGAGCCGGACUUCUUGGAAAAGUUUUUGGACGUAAGGCGGUACGGCAUUCAACGAUAGAAAGACAUCGUUCCGAAUUAGAUGAUUUAGAAGAUCAUAGGCCUUUCUUCACUUACUGGGUGACCACAGUCCAAACAUUAAUUUUAAUUAUUUCACUAAUAUGCUACGGGUUGGGUCCAUUUGGUUUUGACCUGGCAAAUAGAUCCGGACAAGUUCUCGUGCCAAGUCUAAGCUUGCAACAGGUGGUUUAUCAGGAACCUGCAAACUUUUGGUUGGGACCAAGAGCCGCGGAUCUCAUUCAUUUAGGAGCUAAAUUUGCACCUUGUAUGCGCAGGGACACUAGAAUAUUGCAACGAAUAGACGAAACGAGACAGCAGGAACGUGAUACUGCCUGUUGUAUAAGAAACGACGACAGCGGAUGCGUCCAGAGCUCAAAAGAUGAUUGUUCGUUACGCGGAAUGAGGCCAACUACAAAAAUAAUAUCAACAUGGAAAAAAUGGUCAACUGGUGAUUCUGGUCCCGGAGGUCGUAUAUCGGGAUCGGUAUGUGGACUGGAUCCCAAAUUUUGUGAUGCGCCUGCUUCUGUAGCUCCUUAUGAAUGGCCGGACGAUAUAACUCAAUGGCCCAUUUGUAGAAAAACAAAUUCAUUUCCACAACAACAACGCGGUGGCACAAGAGAUCGUUUGGCCCGAGCUGAACAUAUGGUUUGUGAAGUGAUUGGUCAUCCUUGUUGUGUUGGAAUCCAUGGUGCCUGCAGAAUAACAACUAGGGAAUACUGUGAUUUUGUACGCGGGCAUUUUCAUGAAGAGGCGUCGCUUUGUUCACAGGUUGCCUGCUUGGACGAUGUAUGUGGCAUGAUAUCAUUUUACACGCCCGGCGCUCCCGACCAGUUUUACAGGCUGUGGACGUCGUUGUUUUUGCAUGCUGGCAUUUUACAUCUUUUAGUAACAUGGGCUAUUCAGCAUUUAUUAAUGAGGGAUCUAGAAAAAUUAUGUGGCUCUUUAAGGAUAGCGAUAAUCUACAUCGGUUCAGGAGUAGCUGGAAACUUGGCGUCGGCCAUUUUCGUACCAUACAGGGCAGAGGUUGGCCCGGCUGGUUCUCAAUUUGGCCUUUUGGCCUGCCUAAUCGUUGAGGUCUUAAACGCGUGGCCGAUGCUUCGCCGUCCAGGUGUGGCACUAGCUAAGCUUUUAGGUGUUACCGGGGCAUUGUUUACUGUGGGAUUAUUGCCAUGGAUUGACAACUACGCACACUUGUUUGGUUUUAUGUUCGGAUUUUUGCUUUCUUACGCCCUUAUGCCGUUUGUCAGCUUGGGUCGAAAUUACGAUAGGCGUAAGAAGAUCGCUUUGAUAUGGACGUGCCUAGUUGCCGCUGGAACUCUAUUUGCAGUUCUGGUGGUACUUUUCUACGUGAUUCCUGUGCACGAUUGCGAAAUAUGUGGCUAUUUCAACUGUCUACCACUCACGAAGGACAUGUGUGCAUCCCAGAACAUUAAUUUCAUGAGGGACGAACCAGUGGUAUGACGAACGGCUGCAUCAAUGCCGGCAAGAAAAUUUAGAUACGUCGAAUUGGAUUCUGAAAAAAUGUGUAAUUGCACAGUGGCUAAAGAUAAUUCUUCCAUGAAGAAGAUUGAUAAAAAAUCAAAAGUGAGUAAUUUUGGAUAUAAUUCUGUGGUGGUUGAAGUUAGCGCUCUUCUUGUGCGUUAUAUUAAAUAUUCCAAUGGCAAAUUAAAUAACUUAAAAAGUAAGAUUAAAACCUAUCUUAAAAACCUAUUGGAAUGCGCCCAUACUAAUAUUGGCUUGGUUCAGAUAAGUAAGUAUAGG